AUGUCAACUGAACCACGCCUUGAACGUCGUCCUUCCGUCGGAGCUCCCAUUGCCGACCUUCAAGGUCCUGUAGGACCGGGCUUCAGUCGCCCAAAGCAUAAGCGGACUUUUACUGGCUUCGGUGCUUCGGAUAUUAAAAGUGUCGAAGCUAGUAUCCCGGAACCACUGAGAGAAGCAUGGCGCAAGCAUUCUGCGUCCGAAUUCACUACCAAGGAUGAAUUCGAGAAAGAACUUGUGCGCCACAUCGAGACAACUUUAGCUCGCUCGCUGUACAAUUGCGAUGAACAUGCCGCAUACUCGGGAACAGCGCUUGCAUUUAGGGACCGAUUGAUAAUUGAGUGGAACAGAACUCAGCAGCGUCAGACUUUGACCGACCAGAAGAGAGUAUACUACCUUUCUCUUGAAUUUUUGAUGGGCCGUGCCUUGGAUAAUGCCAUGUUGAACGUGGGUCAGAAAGAGUCUGCUCGAGAGGGAUUGAAGGACCUUGGUUUCCGCAUCGAGGACGUUAUCAGUCAAGAGCACGAUGCUGCCCUGGGUAAUGGCGGUCUUGGACGCCUGGCAGCUUGCUUCUUGGACAGCAUGGCAACCCUGAACUAUCCUGCAUGGGGUUACGGACUACGCUACCGCUACGGAAUCUUCAAACAGGAAAUUAUCAACGGAUACCAGGUGGAAAUCCCGGACUACUGGCUCGAUAAUAACCCUUGGGAAUUCCCACGACACGAGAUAACAGUCGAUAUUCAGUUCUAUGGUACUGUACGCAAGUACCAAGACGAGUCUGGCAAGCUCGUGCACUCAUGGGAAGACGGCGAGAUAGUCCAAGCUGUCGCUUACGAUGUACCUAUCCCGGGAUACGGAACGAAGACAACAAACAACCUCCGACUUUGGUCGAGCAAAGCCAGCAGCGGUGAAUUCGACUUCCAGAAAUUCAAUGCUGGUGAUUAUGAAAGCGCCGUCGCAGACCAACAGCGUGCAGAGACUAUCUCGGCUGUUCUGUACCCGAACGAUAACCUCGAGCGAGGAAAGGAGCUUCGCUUGAAGCAGCAGUACUUCUGGUGUGCUGCUUCCUUGCACGAUAUUGUUCGUCGGUUCAAGAAGUCGAAGAGAGCGUGGAGCGAAUUUCCAGAUCAGGUAGCCAUCCAGCUCAAUGAUACCCAUCCCACCAUGGCAAUUGUUGAGCUUCAACGCAUUCUGAUUGACAUCGAAGGUCUCGAAUGGGAUGAGGCUUGGAACAUCGUGACCAAGACUUUCGGAUAUACGAAUCACACUGUUCUCCCUGAGGCCUUGGAGAAAUGGUCUGUUCCUUUGUUCCAAAAUCUCCUUCCUCGACACCUUCAGAUUAUCUACGAUAUCAAUCUCUACUUCCUUCAGACCGUUGAGAAGAAGUUUCCCAAUGACCGUGAAAUUCUCUCCCGCGUCUCCAUCAUUGAGGAGUCUCAUCCUAAAAUGGUGCGAAUGGCUUAUCUGGCGAUCAUCGGAUCUCACAAGGUCAAUGGUGUGGCUGAGCUGCAUUCAGAUCUCCUCAAGUCUACCCUCUUCAAGGACUUCGUGGAUAUCUACGGACCGGACCGCUUCAUGAAUGUCACGAACGGUGUCACUCCUCGUCGCUGGCUGCACCAAGCCAAUCCUGAGCUCUCUGCUCUGAUCGCGAAGAAGCUUGGAGGUCAUGAGUUCUUGACUGAUCUAACUCUACUGGACAAACUGGAAGCAUUUGUCGAUGACAAGGAAUUCCGAGCGGAAUGGUCUAACAUUAAGACCCAGAACAAGUUGCGCCUGGCCAAGUUUAUCCAGGAAACAACUGGAUUUAAAGUGAGCCCAACCUCCCUGUUUGAUGUCCAAGUCAAGCGUAUCCAUGAGUACAAGCGUCAGCAACUCAACAUCUUUGGAGUCAUUCACCGCUACUUGACCAUCAAGGCAAUGUCGGCGGAAGAGAAGAAGAAGGUGGUGCCUCGUGUUUCCAUCAUCGGUGGCAAGGCUGCACCUGGCUACUGGAUGGCCAAAACCAUCAUUCACCUUAUCAACAAGGUUUCGGCCGUUGUGAACAAUGACUCUGAUGUUGGUGAUCUGUUGAAGGUCAUCUUUAUUGAGGACUACAAUGUAAGCAAGGCAGAGAUUAUCUGCCCCGCUUCGGAUAUCAGUGAGCACAUCUCUACAGCCGGAACAGAGGGCAGUGGUACAAGUAACAUGAAAUUCGUCAUGAAUGGAGGCCUGAUCAUCGGCACUUGCGAUGGAGCUAAUAUUGAAAUCACCCGUGAAAUCGGCGAACACAACAUCUUCCUCUUUGGAAACCUCGCUGAAGACGUAGAGGAACUCCGUCACCGUCACUUCUACGGCUCCUUCGAGCUGGACCCACAUCUUAAGAAGGUCUUCGAGGCAAUCAAGAGCGGUACAUUUGGAGAUACCAACGAAUUCCAAGCAUUGAUUUCAUCUAUUGAAGAGCAUGGAGACUAUUAUCUUGUGUCUGAUGAUUUCAACUCCUACAUCACUACUCAUGAGAUGGUUGAUGAGGCGUUCAAGCAGCAAGAUGAGUGGCUUGCUAAGUCCAUUACUAGUGUUGCGCGCAUGGGAUUCUUCUCAACUGAUCGAGUUAUCAAUGAGUAUGCGGAUAGUAUCUGGAAUGUUGAACCUCUGGUUGUUGAGGACCAGUGA